AUGGAAAAGAACAUUCGAACCAUGGGCUAUCACUUGUUAAAGCUAGUGAUCUUCUCCUUUAUUGUUGUGGUGAAUACUAAUCAAGCCCAAGGACAUGACGGUGGAGUUAGCCUCAAAUUAAACGUAACUGGAACAGUUGGAGUCCAAGCUGGCGAUGUCAAUGCAAACGUCAGCCUCACACUCAUUGCUAAUGCAACCGCAACGGGAGCAGUUUGUCUAGACGGAAGUGCAGGAGGUUAUUACUAUGAUCCUGGAUUUGGUGAUGGAGUUAAUAGUUGGAUUAUUUAUUUGAAUGGUGGGGGUUGGUGUGGUAGUGAUGGGGGUUGUCAAGCAAAGGUGAGCAAUGGAGGAAGCAGCAACCAGAGUCUCAAGAUGAUCACUUUUGGCCAACUACAUAGCAGAGACCACACAACUAAUCCAGAUUUCUAUAAUUGGAAUAGAGUACAAGUGGUCUACUGUGAUGGUUCAUCUUUCAUGGGAAACGCGGAUCAUAGUGUAGUUGAAAGUAGGGGUGCACGGAUUUUUGACGCCGUGAUGAAUGAAUUCUUUCACAAAGGAAUGGCUAACGCAACAAAUGUUAUACUUACCGGUGGGUCGGCCGGUGGAUUAGCAACCCUCUUGCACUGCGAUGGCUUCCGAGCUCUCUUUCCGAGUAGCGUUCGUGUUAAAUGCGUUAUCGAUUCUGGUUUCUUUCUCCAUGCGUAA